AAUCCUGAGGAGCUGGGCAGACAGAGGGAAAGCAGUAAAAGACAGAAUAAAAGGAAAGGUGGAGCACUGUUGUGAUUGACAAAUUUUUCACCCCAUUUCUUUUCUUAUUUGUCAAGGAGGGCUCUUGUUAUUUCUUCACUUCUUGAUUUUUUUCUUCUCAGAGUAAGAGAAGAAAAACACAGUCCAAUCAAUCCCUCAUUCUCUUUGUAGACAGAGUUGAACCUCUCCUUUCAUCAAGUGUUGAUUUUUCUUGCCUUGUCCUAAAGGGAUUAUUUCCUCCAUCUCAGUAUAAACACUAGAAUCCUUCAGAUUCCCUCCAUAUGUCCUCAGCCCCAAAAUGACACAGUGUGGACCCCUCUGAUUCCCCCUUGGCAUCCCCCACCCUCAACUGAAGUGCUGAAACCCUUUGGUCUCACAUCUCAAUGCCUGUGUUGACUCACCACUACAGCGAUAAUAUGGCACAACGCUUCUGAUAACGUCUGAUUCAUUCUGUGGUGGUACAGGCAGCCAGCAGACCGUUCUCCAUGAGGAGCAGUAGAAGAUGCCGGCUCUGCCAGCACUGCUGCUGUCAAUACAUUUCCUCUCUUUCCUGCUAGUCACCAUGCCGCCAUACUCCCUCUGUCAGGCCCCUUUGCUCUCCUCCGUCCGCAUGGCGGCGAUCCUGGACGACCAGUCUGUGUGUGGGCGCGGGGAACGGCUUGCGCUGGCUCUGGCCAGGGAGAACAUCAACAGCGUGAUGGAGGGUCCGGCCCGAGCCCGAGUGGAGGUGGACAUAUACGAGCUGCAGAAAGACUCCCAGUAUGACACAACUGACACCAUGUGUCAGAUUCUACCCAAAGGCGUCGUCUCUGUGAUAGGUCCCGCCUCCAGCCCCGCCUCUGGCUCUACUGUCAGUCAUAUAUGUGGAGAGAAGGAGAUCCCUCAUGUAAAGAUCGGUCCGGAGGAGACUCCUCGCUUGCCAUACCUGCGCUUCGCCUCUGUCACUCUGUACCCUAGCAACGAAGACCUGAGCCUGGCCAUAGGAGCCAUCUUGCGCUCGUUCAGUUACCCCUCUGCCAGCCUCGUCUGUGCCAAGGCUGAAUGCCUGCUGAGAUUGGAGGAACUGGUGCGCCGCUUUCUCAUCUCCCGGGAGACGUUGUCAAUCAGGAUGCUCGAUGACAACCUGGACCCUACCCCGCUGCUGAAGGAGAUCCGUGACGACAAAGUGGCCACCAUCAUCAUUGAUGCCAACGCGUCUGUCUCCUAUCUCAUCCUCAAGAAGGCGUCAGAGCUUGGGAUGACAUCAGCAUUUUACAAGUACAUCCUCACCACAAUGGACUUCCCGCUACUGAGACUGGAUGAUAUCGUAGAUGAGCAGUCCAACAUUGUGGGUUUCUCCAUGUUCAACACCACCCAUCCCUUCUAUUUGGAGUUCAUCAGGAGCCUCAACCUCUCAUGGAGGGAGCGCUGUGACCUAACGUACCCCGGCCCCGCGCUCUCGUCUGCACUGAUGUUUGAUGCGGUGCAUGUGGUGGUGGGGGCGGUGAGGGAAUUGAACCGCAGUCAGGAAAUCGGAGUGAAGCCGCUCAGCUGCACAUCGCCUCAGAUCUGGCAGCACGGGACCAGUCUUAUGAACUACCUGCGCAUGGUGGAGUAUGAUGGUCUGACCGGCCGUGUGGAGUUCAACAGCAAAGGUCAGAGGACCAACUACACCAUGAGGAUCCUAGAGAAGCACAGAGGAGGUCACAAAGAGAUCGGGAUCUGGUACUCUAACAACACCCUUGCAAUGAACUCCACCAGUCUGGAUAUCAAUGUGUCAGAGACGCUGGCAAACAAGACCCUCAUUGUCACCACCAUACUGGAGAACCCGUAUGUGAUGCGCAGAGACAACUACCAGGACUUUCAGGGCAAUGACCAGUACGAGGGCUUCUGUGUUGACAUGCUAAGGGAGCUGGCAGACACCUUAAAAUUCUCCUUCAAGAUCAAGCUGGUGGAUGAUGGGCUGUAUGGUGCUCCAGAGCCCAACGGCUCUUGGACUGGAAUGGUUGGAGAGCUUAUCAACAGGAAAGCAGACCUGGCCGUGGCAGGCUUCACCAUCACGUCGGAGAGAGAGAAAGUUAUCGACUUCUCUAAGCCGUUCAUGACCCUAGGGAUCAGCAUCUUGUACAGAGUUCAACUGGGUCGGAAGCCAGGCUACUUCUCCUUCCUUGAUCCUUUCUCUCCAGCUGUCUGGCUCUUCAUGCUGCUCGCCUACCUGGCUGUCAGCUGCGUGCUCUUCCUGGCUGCAAGGCUGAGCCCCUACGAGUGGUACAACCCUCACCCGUGUCUGCGAGAACGCAGGGACAUGUUGGAGAACCAGUACACCCUGGGAAACAGCCUGUGGUUCCCUGUGGGAGGUUUCAUGCAGCAGGGAUCAGAGAUUAUGCCCAGAGCUCUGUCCACCAGAUGUGUUAGUGGAGUGUGGUGGGCUUUCACCCUGAUCAUCAUCUCCUCCUACACGGCCAACCUAGCAGCCUUCCUGACUGUGCAGAGGAUGGAGGUCCCCAUCGAGUCUCCUGACGACUUGGCUGACCAGACUAACAUUGAGUAUGGCACCAUCCAUGGAGGGAGCACCAUGACCUUCUUCAUGAACUCGAGAUACCAGAUCUACCAGCGCAUGUGGAACUACAUGAACUCCAAGCAGCCCAGUGUGUUUGUAAAAAGCACAGAGGAGGGCAUCGCCCGUGUGGUCAACUCCAAGUACGCCUUCCUGAUGGAGAGCACCAUGAACGAGUACCACCGCGGCCUCAACUGCAAUCUCACGAAGAUCGGUGGCCUGCUGGACACAAAGGGCUACGGCAUCGGCAUGCCACUGGGGUCUCCGUUCAGAGAUGAGAUCACGCUGGCCAUCCUCCAGCUGCAGGAGAAUAACAGGCUGGAGAUACUGAAGAGGAGGUGGUGGGAGGGAGGCCAAUGUCCCAAAGAGGAGGACCACCGUGCCAAGGGUCUGGGCAUGGAGAACAUUGGGGGCAUCUUUGUGGUGCUGAUCUGUGGCCUCAUCAUUGCCGUGUUCGUGGCCAUAAUGGAGUUUGUGUGGUCGACACGCCGCUCGGCAGAGACAGAUGAGGUAUGCCCCCAUACCUGCCCUCGCCGACCCCACAGACACACCCCAGUGUCUGUCUGUCGGGAAAUGAUCACAGAGUUUCGAAACGCCGUCUCCUGUAAGAAGAGCUCCCGAAUGCGCCGCCGUCGGCCCCUCAGCAGCUCGGCAGCCAUGCGCCACCCUACACGCAUAUCUCUAGGGGCCCCCCGGCCUCUGCGUCUGGUCCGGGAGAUGCGCCUCAGCAACGGGAAACUCUACAGUGGAGUUGGAGGUGGAGGAGGUGGGGCAGGAGGGACAAGCCCUUCUGAUCUGGGACCUGGGCCUCAGCGGAUCCUGGAAGAUCCCCUGGGUGCCAACACCACCCCUCCUCCACCAGCCCCGACCCCUGUAAUGCUGCCGGCUCGCAGCUGCACCCACGUUCGGAUCUGCCAGGAGUGCCGGAGGAUCCAGAACCUGAGGUCAGGGACAAGUUUAGGAUCAACCACAACCAGAAUACCACCUUCAUCAGCACCUCUGCCCAGGCUACCCCCGCCCCCACCUCAAUCCUCAUCCAACACAGACAGUGAGGGCGGAGGGGGGGCCAGCCCAAGACGGCACCACCACAGCCCUCCUCCUCAUACACCUCGGCCCAUUCCACCGCCACAGAACAGCAACACCACAGACCUGCUAGGAGAGCAGGACUGAGACGCAGUGGGCGGGGUGAGUGUGACUGGUGAUGAGGUGGCGGAUGAAUAUUUGUGCUGAUGAGAGAAACUCUGCUCAAAGAGGGAGAGGAGGA